UGACACUCUUCCUUGAAACCGAUUUUUCUUGAUUUGCUCGGACUGGAGAAAGUUGGGGGGAGAGGAAACAGAGGAAAAGGGAAGGGUUCAGAAAGCGGCAGAGGAAAGGAAAAAGGGCAAAAGGAGAAUCAAAAUUCUCAAGUGAUUGGGUGCGUGCUGGUGUCGGUGGGUUAUUCGACUUGAUAGGCAUAGAUGAGCAUACCCAUGUCGGUGAGGCACUUCCUGCCUCUCACCACCGCCGAUUUUCCCUCCAAAUCCCAAUCCCUUUCUCCCAGUUUCAGCAGCAUUUGCAGUAGUCCCUCUUCCUAUUCCUUCAAUGGGUUCAUUGCCCGAAAGACGUCGACUUCUCCUCCUCCUCCGCCCUUCUCUCAUUCGUUGGUUUUUGGCUGAUGAUUUACUAGCAGGGCCUCUGUUUUUAUGUACUGGUAUAGUGGCUAUGUGGAAGCACGAGGAAAGAUCGAGAUUCAAACAGUUGGAGUUUUGAAGAGGCCAGUGAAAUGCGGAUGUUUGGGUCUGAUGAAGAUGGGGGAGUCCAAAUCCCGACCCAAGCGCAGUCUGUUGUGGAAGGAUCUGGGGCAGUGCUAGUUUCGGAGAUGAGACCAGUCCCUGAUGUGGAUUAUUUACAGGAGUUACUAGCCAUUCAACAGCAAGGGCCUAGAUCAAUUGGCUUCUUUGGGACAAGAAACAUGGGAUUCAUGCACCAAGAGCUCAUCGAGAUUCUCAGCUAUGCCAUGGUUAUCACUAAAAACCACAUAUAUACAUCAGGAGCAUCUGGGACUAAUGCAGCUGUUAUUAGAGGGGCUUUAAGGGCCGAAAAACCUGAACUUCUGACUGUUAUUUUGCCUCAGAGUUUGAGCAAGCAGCCCCCGGAGAGCCAAGAAUUAUUGGCCAAGGUGAAGAAUGUCAUAGAGAAGCCUCACAAUGAUCAUCUUCCUCUAAUCGAAGCAAGCAGGCUGUGUAACAUGGACAUCAUCUCGCAUGUACAGCAAGUCAUAUGUUUUGCAUUCCAUGACAGCAGGUUGCUCAUGGAGACAUGUCAGGAGGCGAAAAAUCUUCGGAAGAUUGUCACUCUAUUCUACCUGGACUGAUCGCGAACAAAAGUUUUGAUCUGUGUACAAUGUUAUUAUUGAGCAUCUGCUAUUGUUUGACAUACAGAGUCUUCAUCUAUAGGGGUGUAAAUUCUUUAGCAGGUCAACAUGCUCCAUUCUCUCUCUC